GGCGGGCCCCUUUAAGGGAAGCUGCGAUGAGGAUGAUGCCGGGCUGAGAAAGCAGAAACCUGGCCGGGAAGCCCAGCCCUCCCUUUCCCUGGUUUCCCCUCCCUUAAUGCUUCUGUGACAUUCAGCAAAGAAGAGAGAGAGAUGAUGAUGAUGAUGAACCUGGAAGGAAGGGAGGAGAAAGAGCCUCUGAAUGCAAGCAGAUGGAAGAGAGGGAGCUGAGGAGAAGGAGGAGAAGAGAAAGGCCUUUUCUUUUCACCUAGGCAUCCCUCCAUCCUUAGACAACACACACACACACACACACACACCCCUGGCUUGCUUAGUGGCUGAAAGAAUGGAAGCAGAAUCAGUCUUUGCUGUGGCUCUUGCAAAAAGGACUUGAAGCAGCGGAGAAAUCUGCAGUCUUUGGCAAAAAGAGGCCCGAAGUGGUCCAUGCCCAGCAUCCAAUUUCCAGCAUCCUUUCCUCUCUCUCUAUCGGCAUCCUUUGUCUCUUCUUCGCUGCGGCUCUGGAGAGCUUUGCAGAGCUGGUGCUUUGCUCCAUAUAUUAUUUUUUGCAACACGAAAACCUGGACACACCUAUGUCCGCAGCUCGGGAGAAAGCAAAGGCUUCACUGAAAGAAGCAAGAGAGUCUCCUUGAUUUUGCAUCCAAGGAAAAGAAAGAAAAGCAGACACAGAGACGAUGGCUGAGAAGAGCCUGGACCCCACCUGCGUCUCCAUCGCCUUGGAGGACCCCGUCUGCAACUCGGGGGCCCAGGACGCCCCGCUUUUGACCACCCACUUGAAGAAGGUGGAGAACCACAUCACGGACGCCCAGCGCUUCUCCCACCUCCCGAAACGCUCCGCCGUGGACAUCGAGUUCGCCGACCUGUCCUACUCCGUCCGCGAAGGGUCCUGGUGGCGCAAGAGAGGGUACAAGACGCUGCUGAAAUGUCUGUCCGGGAAGUUUUGCCGGCGGGAACUCAUUGGGAUUAUGGGGCCUUCCGGAGCCGGGAAGUCGACCCUGAUGAACAUCCUGGCUGGAUACCGGGAGACGGGCAUGAAGGGCCAGAUCCUGGUGAACGGGCGGCAGAGGGAUCUGCGCACCUUCCGCAAAAUGUCUUGCUACAUAAUGCAGGACGACAUGCUGCUGCCCCAUCUUACCGUCCGCGAGGCCAUGAUGGUUUCUGCAAACCUGAAGCUGAAUGAGAAGCAGGAGGUGAAGAAAGAGCUGGUGAAUGAAAUCUUGACGGCGCUGAGCCUCCUGGAAUGUUCUUACACCCGAACCAUGUCCCUGUCCGGAGGGCAGCGCAAGCGCCUCGCCAUUGCUCUGGAGCUGGUCAACAAUCCUCCGGUCAUGUUUUUUGACGAACCCACCAGUGGUCUGGACAGUGCGUCCUGCUUCCAGGUGGUCUCCCUUCUGAAAUCCCUGGCCCAAGGUGGGCGCACCAUCAUCUGCACCAUCCACCAGCCCAGUGCCAAACUCUUUGAGAAGUUUGACAAGCUCUAUAUCCUGAGCCAGGGUCAAUGCAUCUUCAAGGGGGCCGUGCCCAACCUCAUCCCGUACCUAAAAGGGCUGGGCCUUCAUUGCCCCACCUACCACAACCCAGCAGAUUUCAUUAUCGAAGUGGCUUCGGGAGAGUAUGGCGACCUCAACCCACUCCUGUUCCAAGCGGUCCAGAACGGCCUGUGUGCCAUGGCAGACAAGAAGAGCAGCCCGGACAAAACGGAUGCCUCUUGCCCAGAACCCUGCGUGGCGGAUCUGGACCACAUCGAGAGCCACACGUUCGCUACCAGCACCUUGACCCAGUUCUGCAUUCUCUUCAAGAGGACCUUCCUGUCCAUCAUGCGAGACACGGUUCUGACUCACCUGCGGUUCAUGUCCCACAUCUGCAUCGGCGUCUUGAUCGGGUUGCUCUAUUUGCACAUCGGCAACGAUGCCGCCAAGGUCUUCAACAACACGGGCUUCCUCUUCUUCUCCAUGCUCUUCCUCAUGUUCGCCGCUCUGAUGCCCACCGUCCUCACGUUCCCGCUGGAGAUGUCUGUGUUCCUGAGAGAGCACCUGAACUACUGGUACAGCCUGAAGGCCUAUUUCCUGGCCAAAACCAUGGCGGAUGUUCCUUUCCAGGUCAUUUGCCCCAUCACCUACUGCAGUAUUGUCUACUGGAUGACGGGACAACCUCCCGAAGCCACUCGCUUCCUCCUUUUCUCUGCGCUUGCCACCUCCACCGCUCUGGUGGCCCAGUCCUUGGGGCUCAUGAUUGGAGCAGCAUCCACCUCUUUGCAGGUGGCCACCUUCGUGGGUCCCGUCACCGCCAUCCCGGUCCUCCUCUUCUCCGGCUUCUUCGUCAGCUUCAAGACCAUCCCAACGUAUUUGCAGUGGAGUUCCUACGUCUCUUAUGUCAGGUACGGCUUUGAAGGCGUCAUCCUCACCAUCUACUCCCUGGAGCGCGAAGAGUUGGAGUGCAAGCUUCCCGAGUGUCCCUUCAAGGACCCCAUGAAGAUCCUCAAGGAGUUGGACGUGGAGGAAGCCAAGCUCUACCUGGACUUCAUUGUCCUGGGGAUCUUCUUCAUCAGCCUCCGGCUCCUGGCCUACCUCACCCUCAAGUACAAGGUGAAAUCCGAAAGAUAGGAAGGAGGACCCGGGGACACCUUGGGCGGACACCGUGGGACGGGAGAUAAAACAUUUCCCGGAGAACUAUGGGCAAAGAAGGGGCUCGUCGUAUCUUUGGGGAGAUGGCGACCAGCGUUGGCUCGGCCGAGAAGACUUGACGGAGACGUCUCCAAACAGUUUUAACCUUUCCAAGCAUUGUGAAUUGGUCUCUCUUUCUCUCUCGCUCUCUUUCUGUUUUUUGGUACAAUUCUGGAAUGUGUCAAGAUUUUCUUCCUGGAGCAAUAUCAGUCGGAAAAGGCGCAAAAAUCCAUACAAUGUCUUCACGGAACAUUGUCUCAACUAAGAACAAGAAAGCCUGGUUUCUGGUCCAUUGGGAGGAAGAUGGAGAAGGGGGAAAACGGGGAUGCUAGGAUCCAUUGGCGGGUGGGAAAACAGGGGUGGAGAGAUCCUCUACAAAGCACAGUUUUCUAGCGCCGUUUGCCCCAGUGCCGUUUUUGACUUGCUCGCUUUCACGGACAGUAGCUUGUAGCAUGUGUCUCAAUAUUACAAAACCGAGAGCCGUAUUAGGAGUGUUGCACAAGGCUUUAAAUGCUUACCAUAACCGUAGCGGAGAGGGGGGCAUUUUGUGUCUUCCCUGCCCCUUAUUUCCCUUCCCGGAAACUCUUGUUUUUCCUGGUGUUUUUAGGAGAAAAUCAAUGUGGGAUUGAGAAUUGGACAAAAGGAUCAGCUCCGCAGAAUUUGGAAAAACUGCAGGAUUUAACAGCCAGCGUAAACUGCAAAAAGUGGUCAGGGGAUUCUGGGAAUUGCAAUCCCCAGGAAAGUAAAAAUUCCAGAUUUUGGGCAUAUAGGGCGAAGCUUAGGUUUAUUGUAGCACUUUGGAGACCUGCAGACUGUGGUGCGCGAGAGAUGAUCAUGAUUCUGCCGAAGCAUAGAACGUUGUGCCGGAUGUGGCAUCUCCAACUUCUUCCGAAUCUCUUCUUAUUGGCUUAUUGGAAAAGCAGAGAGGGAUAUUUCUCAAAAGCAGAGGAUUGGGGGGGAAAACAUGGUGCAAAGCUGUAAAAGCAAUGCUGCAAAAGAUGCAAAUCAGGCAAUUGUCCAUUCAUUAUACACAGGUUGCCGAAUUUACUUUUACUUGGCAUGGAAAUCUAACCAAAGUGUGAGCAGAAUGUCGUUCUGUCUAAGCCUGGGUUGAGCAAACCCUUGGGAAUGUAUAGGCUGGAGAAAGACAAUCAUGAGAAUUGAGAUGGAUGACAUAGAGAAGAGGUGGGCAACUAUGGAUUUUGGGGGUCACAUUAUUCCCUUGGAGACCCCAAAUGAACUGUUUUCACCCAGGAUGGGAAGUAAACUAAAGUCAAAGUGUUGUCGAAGGCUUUCAUGGCUGGAAUCACAGUGUUGUUGUGUGUUUUUCCAGCCUGUAUGUCCAUGUUACAGAAGUAUUCUCUCCUGACAUUUCGUCCACAUCUAUGGCAGGCAUCCUCAGAGGUUGUGGGCAAAAUGUCAGGAGAGAAUACUUUUGGAACAUGGCCAUACAGCCCGGAAAAUUCACAGCAACCCAAACAAAACUCAGCCUAAAAUGCCUUCAGGGUCGAAAAAUCUAUGGCAGGCAUCCUCAGAGGUUGUGGGCAAAAUGUCAGGAGAAAAUACUUCUGGAACAUGGCCAUACAGCCCGGAAAACUCACAGCAACCCAAACAAAACUCAGCCUAAAAUGCCUUCGGGGUCCAAAAAUGUGGUGUUGAUUCCACCUGGAAAACAUUUGGGGUGUCCUGACAAUCAAAUUAGCCCACUUCUGCUAGAGAACAAUUGUUGCCUUGGGCACGUUCAAUUCCAUUUUGUCCCCUUUCAUUAUUUUGCAAAGUUUUCCAAACUCUUCUAAAAUCUGUGCCAUCACAUAAUCUAUUUUAUUGGGUCCAUGGAUACAUUUUGGUCCAUCCCUGAGCUUUAAGGAUUCAGAGAAAUGAAUCAGGGGUCGUAUCAUUGGAAGCAAGAGCCCCAUUGUGCCAGCUUUAUAGUUUUCCUGGGAUUGUGACAUUUGCCAUGGUACCUCCAAGCCAUAGGUCAGGCUUGGCGUUUGUGCUUUAUGGGGAUACAACCCUUGAGUGCUGAGACAAUCACUUCGGCGUCCUAGCUCUUUCUUCCCUGCUGCCUUAUUCAAUGGCCUCUCCAGUGUUUCUAAUAUUUGCAGAAAUGCCAUACAGUGUAACUGGAGCCAGCUUUGACAACUGCCCUUCGAGAAGGAGAUAGGCAGGAGCAGCUAUUCGCAUUUUAUGAGGUGGAAGCAAGGAGGGAUUCGCCUUGGGUCAUGCAGUUGAGAACCCAAAGCUAAGACCAAAACCAGUAAUAAUAGUGAUAAUAUUUUUGGAAGACUUCAAAGUGUUAGCUGGUUAUCUGGUGUUACCCAAAUUACAAAAUAUUGUAUUGCACGUGUUAUUUCUGCUCGGGAGCAUUACUGCAUGACAUUAUUAAUGGGUCAAAUGAAAAAGCAGCGACUGGUGGCUUCUCUAUGAAUCCGUUUUGGGUUCCAGUCCGAAGUUUGAAAGAGCUAUCUAAGUUGCUGGCUUUUUCCCUAAAUAGUUUCAGCACCUUGGAGAGAUUCUUAAGGUAGAAACCUGGGGCGGAUUCACUGCCCCAGAGACAUGGAAGCCACGAACCAUCACUACCUUUGAACGUUCGUUUCCUUGCAACCUUAGACUUUGGAGAUGGUACGGGUUUUGGACGCACGCCUUCUUCCUUUUCAACUUGAAAAGACGGAAGAGCCUUUCCUUGUGCACAUUUCCAGUCUCACCUAUUAACAAACUGCACUUUUAAUUGCUGCUAAGCAAGGAACAAUGUAUGUAUAGAAUAUAUUUCAGAGGGGUGGGUGGAUUUGGAAACGAACGGUGUGGAGACUGAUAUUUUGUACAAUCGUUACCCAGUGUUUUGAGCGUUGCCAGGAUUAGAAUAUCUGGAUAUCUUUUGGUCUAAAACAGCAUUUCAAUUGGCACUUAAUAGCUUGGUUCUUCCUAAGGGACAGGAUGGACAAAUAUCAAUUUUUAGUCUCAUUGAUGCUUAUAGGAGGUUGCUGUUGUUCCUAUUUUAUAGAAACCAAAGUCCUACGAGCACCAAUGCAUUCUUCCUCCGUAGUCUCAGAAACCUUCACCUUUCUCAAUGUAUUUGACUCCAACUUGCAUAAUAUAAAUGAUGGAAGCUGUUGUCUCAAAAAAAAAGAAAUUCCCGAAGGACCACCAAAGAUUUUUCAGCCAUAAAUGCAUGGAUUAGAAGGAAACGUUCAGCCUUUUACCUCUACAGCUGUAUGGAAGCAUUUAUCAGCAUUGGCAUCAGAUAAAGAACCAAAGAUACGGGAAAGGGAAGCAAAUUGGGUUUGAAUGCACUUAGCUAAAUAUGGUUGAACAUCGAGGACAGAUUUUGAGUCUUUUUUCUCAGGGGAAUCUAUGCUUCAUCUGGGGUUUGUUUCUUUUAGCCGGGGCAUCAUUAUAGGCUACUUACCCUGGGGCAAGUAGAAAAAUUGGCUGCCACCACCACUGAUAUCGUGUUCCUGUUAGAGAAAGGAUUCGGGGUGGGAUUGGUCAUCCCUCUAUGUACAGAAGACCCCAAGGCAGUGGCCCUUCUGCGUCUCAUCCUCAUUUUGGAAUCCAGCUCCUAGAAUCCCCCAACCAGCCCACCCAAAAAUCCAACUUUUUCAAGCUCAAGCCAAUGUACAUAGCUCAAGGAAGGCUUAUGAAUUUGAUGGUUCCUCCAUAUAGUCCUCCUUCAUGGUUCCUCCAGGUAAUCCUCCUUGAUGAAUCUUGCAGGUGGAUUUCCUUGAUGGUUUCUACACAUGGUUUUCUGUGAUGGUUCCUCCAGGUAAUCCUCCUUGAUGGUUCCUGAGGGUCCUCCUGUCAUUCUCUUCCCAUCCUACCUCCUCCCGUCAUUCUCCUUGAUGGUUCAUCCAGGUGGUCUUCCUUGAUAGUUCCUCCAGGUCAUCUUCUUGAUGGUUCCUGCAGGUGGACUUCCAUAAUUGUUCCUCCAGGUCAUCCUCCUUGAUGGUUCCUGAGGGUCCUCCCAUCAUUCUCCUCCCAUCCUACCUCCUCAUGUCAUUCUCCUCCCAUCCUACGUCCUCCCGUCAUUCUCCUUGAUGGUUCCUGCAGGUGGACUUCCAUAAUUGUUCCUCCAGGUAAUCCUCCUUGAUGGUUCCUGAGGGUCCUCCCAUCAUUCUCCUCCCAUCCUACCUCCUCAUGUCAUUCUCCUCCCAUCCUACGUCCUCCCGUCAUUCUCCUUGAUGGUUCCUGCAGGUGGACUUCCAUAAUUGUUCCUCCAGGUAAUCCUCCUUGAUGGUUCCUGAGGGUCCUCCCAUCAUUCUCCUCCCAUCCUACCUCCUCAUGUCAUUCUCCUCCUAUCCUACCUCCUCCCGUCAUUCUCCUUGAUGGUUCCUGCAGGUGGACUUCCAUAAUGGUUCCUCCAGGUAAUCUUCCUUGAUGGUUCCUGAGGGUCCUCCCAUCAUUCUCCUCCCAUCCUACUUCCUCCCAUCAUUCUCCUCCCAUCCUAUCUCCUCUCGUCAUUCUCCUCCCAUCCUAUCUAUUCUCGUCAUUCUCCUUGAUGGUUCCUCCAGGUGGACUUCCUUGAUAAUUCCUUCAGGUCAUCCUCCUUGAUGGAUCCUUCAGGUGGACUUCCUUGAUGGUUCUUACAGAUAAUCCUCCUUGAUGGUUCCUGCAGGUUGACUUCCAUAAGUGUUCCUCCGGGUAAUCCUCCUUGAUGGUUUCUUCAUGUGGUCUUUCCUGAUGGUUCCUCCGAUAGUCCUCCUUGAUGGUUCCUCCUAGUGGUCUUGCUUGAUGUUUCAUUCAGGUAGUUUUCAUUGAUGGUGAUGUCUUCCUUCAUGGUUCCUACAGGUGAUCUUCCUAAGGCAAUACCCCUUCCAUGGCUCAUAUUGUUUUUGAAGUCCAACUCCCAGAAUCUCCCAGCCAGCCCGCUCCAAAACCCAACCUUUCCAAGUCCUAGCCAAAGAGCAUAACUCAAGGAUGGCUUAAGAACUUCAUGAUUCCUGUAGGUGACUUUCCUUGAUUGUUCCUACAGGUAGUUUUCCGUUAUAGUUCCUACAGAUGGUCUUCCAUUAUGGUUGCUAUUUCCAUGAUGGUCCCUACAAGUAAUUUUCCGUGAUGGUUUCAACUUCCCUUAAUACACGUGAAUUUCUUUGAGGGUUCCUCAAAGUGCUCUGCCUUGAUGGCUCCUCUGGGUGGUCUUCCUUGAGUUACACUCAACCAGAACUUUUAAAAGUUACUUUUUUUGGAAGUUGCUGGUGAGGGAUUCUCCCAAUACGCCAUUCAAAAGUCAAGUUUCCAAGGCUAGGUCCCUCUCAGAUGUAUGAAUGUAUGCAAAGUUGAGCGUGUUUGCAUACACCAAUUCUCCUUCCAUGUAUCCAAGAAGCGGACUUGCAAUCCUAUCAUUGGUGCUAAGACAGAGGAGGCUGGGAUGCAUGUGGGGCAAAGUGUGUUAAGGUCCAUCCUUCUGCUCCUUCCUGCGUUCCCUCCAAAGUCAUGCAAUAAGUAAAAGCUUUUUCUUUGACCUUCUGUGCGGAUCAGUCACGAACAAAUCUGUGUGUGUUUUCCUUGAAAUUUCACCUGCAGCUCUUCCUCUCCCAGUCAUUUCAGCAUCUGGAAAUAAACUUAGCUCUGGUUCUCCUUCUCAGUGUUUAGCUUUGUGGGUGGAUCUAGAUCUACUGUGUGUGUCGUAUUGGAGGAAGAAAAUUACGUCUUUUGAUACAUAAGGAAAUGGGUUGUUUCAGAAAAGCGUCAAACCUGUUUGAAAACUGGAAAUGGGAAAUCCAAGAAGGCGGCAAUGCCAUACGCACGCUUACUCAUGUGUAAAUGGGGUUUACUCACUGUGUAGCUAUGCUUAGGAUGGCAACCUUAAAGUGGUUUACUUGGAAAUCAGUCUCGAUGCGGAUUCUUCCGGGGAUCAUUUUACUCUGUGAUAUUAUAGCCCUAUAAUUCCACUUUGCCAUGCUUGGGAUUUGUAGUACAGUAGAGUCUCACUUAUCCAAGCUAAAUGGGCCGGCAGAACCUUGGAUAAGAGAAUAACUUGGAUAAUAAGGAGGGAUUAAGGAAAAGCCUAUUAAACAUCAAUUUAGGUUAUGACUUUACAAAUUAAGCACCAAAACAUCAUGUUUUACAACAAAAUUGACAGAUAACGUAGUUCAAUAAGCAGUAAUGUUAUGUUGUAAUUACUGUAUUUACGAAUUUAGCACCAAAAUAUCACGAUGUAUUGAAAACAUUGACUACAAAAAUGCGUUGGAUAAUCCAGAACGUUGGAUAAGUGAGACUCUACUGUAUGUAUGUAUACAGUAGAGUCUUGCUUAUCCAACAUAAAUGUGCUGUCAAAAUGUUGGAUAAGCGAAAAUGUUGGAUAAUAAGGAGGGAUUAAGGAAAAGCCUAUUAAACAUCAAAUUCUGUUAUGAAUUUACAAACUAAGCACCAAAAACAUCAUGUCUUACAACAAAUCGACAGAAAAAAACAGUUCGAUACAUGCUAACAUUAUGUAGCAAUUACUUUAUUUAUGAAUUUAGCACCAAAAUAUCACAAUGUAUUGAAAACACUGACUACAAAAACAUUGACUAUUAAAAGACAGACUGCGUUGGAUAAUCCAGAACAUUGGAUAAGCAAUGGUUGGAUAAGCGAAACUUUACUAUAUAUAUAUAUAGGUGCAAUAUGAAAGAUCCUUUGGAGUGCAUCCGUAUAUAAAUACAGUAGAGUCUCACUUAUCCAAGACUCGCUUAUCCAAGCUUCUGGAUUAUCCAAAGCAUUUUUGUAGUCAAUGUUUUCAAUAUAUGUGAUAUGUUGGUGCUAAAUUCGUAAAUACAGUAAUUACAACAUAGCAUUACUGCGUAUUGAACUGCUUUUUCUGACAAAUUUGUUGUAUAACAUGAUGUUUUGGUGCUUAAUUUGUAAAAUCAUAACCUAAUUUGAUGUUUAAUAGGCUUUUCCUUAAUCCCUCCUUAUUAUCCAACAUAUUCACUUAUCCAACAUUCUGCCGACCCAUUUAUGUUGGAUAAGUGAGACUCUACUGUAUUUACCCAUGUUACAAGCCAAAAAGGCAUUUCUCUGCCCUUGAAUUCCUAUGCAUUUGCCAGCUAUUCCAGGGGAGUGUCUGGGGCGAACCUUUAAUCUUAACCUUGAUUCUCUAUCUAAGGACGACUCCUCUGAGUUGUUUAUCCAAGGUUCUGCCGGCCUGUUUAGCUUGGAUAAGUGAGACUCUACUGUAUAUAUGAUUUCACAGCUGUGUGCGCCUGGUUCGCUUCUAGAAAUCAACAAUUUGUGCCCAUUUCCAUUUAAAAGUUGACUCAAUUUCAGCUGCUAUAUAGAGUCAAAGGGCUCUUUAGUGUCAAAACACCACAAUAUAGGGACAUAAGCCAACCUAUCUUAGCUUUGAUGGUUUUCAAUGGGCAACAUACACUUAGGAACUCGCUUCCUCAGUAAACUUUGGUCAAAGGAGGUUCGCCUUUUCCUUCCUCCUAGGCUGAGAGUGUGUGACUUUGUGGGUUUCUGAAGCUGAAACGUAAUUCGAACCCUGUUCUCCUAAGCCAUAGCCCGAUAUUCAAACUCUAAUGCCAUAUUGUUCCAAACUUCUUGCAUUUCCCGGAUGCUUGGUUUUCAAUCGGUGGCCGGAGAGGCUUUUGAGAGUCGCAAACUUAGGCUGUUCUUUGCUGUUUGUUUUGAAGGUUUAUGCAAAGCCUCCUGUUGGGUUUCACACAUUAUUAAUAAAAACUAUAUUUAUACUGUAA